GAUUGGCAGGAGGUCCGCGACGGGCACGUAGCUACGAAGAUCACGCCCGAGGCGGAGCUGAUGCCUGUGGUCAGGGAGGCCGACGGUGCGGCCAGGUUCAAGGCGUAUGAGGACGGUGAGACGCCAUACUUCCACAGCCUCAGCUCGAUCGUCGCACACUGGCACGUUGCCACGGCCAUGGGUGGCGAGUGCCCCACGCGCCCGUGCCAAAACGUGCGCUUCAGGUGCCACGGGGACAAGCAACAUUGUGACGCAGAGUGCUGGCCCAGGCCAGGUACUUCCAUCCUGACGUCCGAGCGGCUCAACUUAAGAAUCGAGCCGAAGAGGGAGUCACCGACGCAGCAGACCAAUACCAUCGAGCUCGCUAUGGAAACUGGGCUCGCAGAGCACGUGGAUGGGCCACUGGUCCUUAGGGCAGAGCUCUUGUUCGCAACCUUUCUCGUGCAUCUUCGGCCGCCCAUCCUUAGGCCAUCCGCGGGCGCGAAUUUGGACUCGCGGUCGGCCGAGACGCCCGCCCUGUCGAAAUGCGUGGAAGGUGUUGAUGUGGAUGCCGAUGCCGUCGCGCUGCCUGCUGGCCCCGAGCGCGUCCGCGCCGCCCCCUUCCCCCCCCCCGACUUCGCCCGGGGCGCCGCCGAGGCGAGGCGUCGCACCGGCAUGGUGGCCCGCGUGUCGAGGGCCCUCAGCGGCGCGGAUGCCGCGCGGCAGCCCCGUUCGGCGCUGCGCCGCGUGAUCUCGCGCGACCGUGCGCGCCGCGAGAAUUCCAGGCCUUCGAGAGUAGACCCCGGGAACAACGCCAUGGCGCUGGACGCGUUCCUCGAGCCCUCUUCGGGCGAGCGGCGGCUCCGGCGAUCUGUGAUCGCUGCGCUGGCCAACGGCUGCUGGUCGAACAAGCUCAUCGUGGGGCACUGCUGCCGCGGGGUGGUGCGAGCCCAGGGGUCGGCCCGAUUUGCGCGCCGCAGCCUCGGCGCGCGCCGCCUCGAGUUCAGAUGGGAAGGCCGAUUGCGGGCGGCGCGGCGCCGCUGCCGCCGGGCCGGGCAGAGCGGGCAGCGCGAGAAUGAGCUCGCCGUCCCAGCGGGCAUCUCCAGCGCCGCGAGUGGCGUUGCCGCGGCCGAGACGUCGGCGAGUGGCAUCGUCGAAAUGGGUCGCCAGAUCCGCCUGGAGUCAAUGUGCUGCAGCACGGAGGAGAGGUCAAGAGACCGCGGGGGAGUCAUGCGGAGAAGGGCGUGGUGGAGUCUGGCUCUGAUGGCGGGGCUGAUGGAGAUGACGGAGGCAAAGAUGCUGAUCCCGAGGUUGGCGAUCUCGACGGGGGCGGCGAUCGUGGCCGUAGGGGCGGACCCUCAGAUGCUGCCGUUCCCUCAGCUCCAGAUCCAGAUGUGGCCGCUCCCCCAGCCCCAGCUGGAAAAAGCGAAUCCUGAUUCGAACACUUAG